AUGUCCGUCAUACUCUAUCGCUAUGACUCUUCCCCUUUCUCUCACAAAAUUGACAAUGUUCUAGCUCUUAGGAGAAUUAAGUAUGAGAAGGUUGAUAUAUCCCCGAUGCUACCUCGCCCCGAAAUUACGGACCAACUAGGCAUCGUCUACCGCCGCAUACCUAUUCUUGCCAUUGGAAACGAUGUUUACUGUGAUACAAGUCUCAUCGUAUCUGCGCUAGAACGACGCUUCCCCACUUCAAAUGGUCAUCCCACACUCCUCCCAGAGAGUGCGGGGGCAGGCGUCAUUAAGGCGUUCUCCAAGUAUUAUGCAGAAUCCGCUUUAUUUCCUCCUGCGACAAACUUGAUACCAUGGGACAAGCUACCUGCUGCAUUUCUCAAAGAUCGUAGUGAGUUUGCAGGUUCGCCUAUCAACACCAAAGCUUUAGCAGCGAACGUGCCCAACGCUCAAAGUGUAAUUUCCUCACAUUUAUUGCUUAUUGAACAACAACUUAGUGAUUCUCGGCAAUGGUUAUUCAACACCGUCACACCCAGUCUUGCCGAUGUUUCAGUUCACUUUAUUUUCAACUGGGCGCGGUCGUUCAAGGGAACUGAACAGCUUUUCGACGCCUCGCGAAUUCCGCUCACUAUGCAAUGGCUCGAUCGGCUUUCCGCUCAAAUAAAGAAAGAACGUAAAUCACAAAGCCCACCAACAAAGCUUAGCGGAACCGAAGCGGCGAACAAAAUUGUGUCUGCAGCCUACGAACCAUACAAUGUUGUAGGCUUCGAUGCCACCGAGGCGUCACGUCUGUGUGUCUCUCUUGAGGACACCGUGCAGGUCGCACCUGAAGAUACGGGACGUAAUUUCCCGACCAUUGGAAAACUUGUUGCUUUGAGCCGUGAAGAGAUCACACUGGAGGUCAAGGGAUCAGCAGGCCUUGUGCGCUGCCAUUUCCCUCGUCUGGGAUUCUCUAUUCGGCGCGUUCCUGGAAGCAAACUUUAA